AGGAGAAGUGGUGGGAAAAAAAGGACAGAAAACGGAGCAUUUGCUGCUUCCACGUCCUCUAACAGCCACUCAAUGCUCCGCAUAAGGUUGUCUCUCAUUUUGCCCCUUUCCUCCUCCUAAUUCAUCGUCUCGUUUCUCUUUAGUCUCUUCUUCCGCCCUCUCCUCCUCAUCCUUAUCGCUUCCGGCCGGUCUACUUACUCCUCCACUUAAUCCACUCUCCUCUCAGCCGUAACGUUUUUGGGGAAAAAAAGAAUGUUAAAAUACCGUCUUUAGGUUGAGGGACGCUUGAAGAAGGUUGAGGGUCGCUUAGGAACGGGAAAUGAAUGGUCUUAAUGAAACAAUUUCCUCGGUGGAAGAGGCGCCGGUUGUGGAGGAGUUUCAAGUCGAUGACCUGCUCGACCUCAGGGGACUACCAGAACCGGAGAAGAACGAAGAGGAAGACGACGGGGACGCCAAAGGAGUUGCCUUUGUUUCUUUCGAGAAAGAGAGUCCUCCGCUCUCGGGAAUUAGCCUCCCGGAGGAGACCGACGCCGCAGACCUCGAGUGGCUUUCCCGUUUCGUUCACGACUGCCACUCGGAGUACCAGCCGGCGUUUGCUUCUCUGAAGGAGGAAACGGCCUGCUUUCCGACGAAGCUACCUUCUCCGGUGGACGUCUGGAGACUAAAAAAAGAGGCCCUUGUCCCGAUCAAAGCCAAGCGAAGCAAGCGCCACCGUCGCACCGGCGCGUUUUGGUUUAUUUUCAGCACCUUCUCUGUUUCUUCCAACACCUCCUCGCCAUCUUCUUCGUCUUCCUGCUGCUCCUCCUACAAAUCUCAAGAGUCCUAUCAGAAGAAGCGGGGCCGUAAGCCUAAUAACUCCGCGGCCAGCGGCGUUUCCGGCGAUAGGCAGUGCACGCACUGUGGUGUUCAGAAGACCCCGCAGUGGCGGGCCGGGCCGCACGGUCCGAAAACUCUGUGUAAUGCUUGCGGGGUCCGGUUUAAAUCGGGUCGGCUGUUGCCGGAGUACCGGCCGGCGUGUAGCCCGACGUUCGUCGAUAACAUACACUCGAACAAGCACCGGAAAGUGAUGGAGAUGCGCCGGAAGAAUGAGGGGCAGCUCUUCUCCGCCGCUGCCCAGCCGGUUCAGUCAUGCUGACUCGGUGGUCCACACAUUCAGUUUUUGCAUUUAAGCUUUGGAGGAUUGGAUUUGUAAAUAUAUUAAAUUUCUGUGGUAUGUUUGUAAACCUCAUUCAGAUUUGUAGAAGAGGAUUGUAAUUUUUGGUAGUCUUGGGGCCAGUUGAAUAUUUAAUUGUCAUAUCAUAUUAAAAAAAA